AUGGGUUAUUUGCUAAUUCAAAAUCAAACAAAUGCUGUUGCUAAUAAUACUAAUCAUCUUGGACAAAGAGAAACUAAACUUAUUGAAAUUAUACUUUUUGCUGGUGGUAAUCAAGAUCUAGUUACUUGGAUUGAAGAAUUUGAAUGUAUAGCUGUAGCCAACAACUUUACUGAUGCAAGAAGACUACAAAUUAUUCCUGCUUAUCUUAAAAAUGAAGCAGCAAUUUGGUAUACUAACAUCAACCAACAACAAGCUUUUGGAUACUAG